AUGAGAAUAUAAAGUACAGAUUAUACAGUACCUUAUUAUCAAGUUUAUCAUGGAAAGUCUUAAUAUUGUUUAAAAGGUAAGUUAGUAAUGGGGUAUUCAAGGAUUAGGUUUGUAAUAUCUUUUAUCUAUUUGAAUGCUAUUUCUUUAAUACAAUUAUUUAGAAUCUAUCCAAAACAGGAAUUAAUUUACACAGAAAUAUUAUUAAUAAUUUUUGCUGAUAUUUUCAUGAUGAUUACUGUUUUUAGCGACCCAGGUUUAAUACCUAGACUCAAUUCUCAAUUUUAAAAAGUAAAUUAUUAUAUGAAUAAGGUAUAGUGAAUGUUAUCUAAUACCAUAAAAAUAAAAAUUCACAACUGAAUUGUUAUUGGUGAUUUAAUAAAAAGUAAGUGAAUUAAAGUUUUGUGACUCAUGUAAAAUCUAUAAAACCUAAACAACAGUUCAUUGUAGAAAAUGUGAUAAUUGUGUUUAAGGUUUUGAUCAUCAUUGUGUAUGGUUAGGUUAAUGUAUAGGAUAAAGAAAUUAUCGUUAUUUUUACAUUUUUAUCUUAAUUUUAACCAUAAUGCUUACUUUAUUUUUUGUUGUACAAAUCUUACAUAUGAUUAAUUUGGAUAAUCUCAUAAUUUUAGAAUUUAUAAUUUAUGCUUUGUAAACAUUAGGAUUUCUAAUUUUCUCCAGUUAUUUAUUAGUUUUACAUACUUAUUUUAUUUUUACUAAUAAAACUACUUACGAAUAUUUAACAAUAAAUCGAUUUGUUAUAAACUAUUAUAAAUUAUUAUUUUAUUAAGGAUAAGGCAUUUUAUUUCAAAGAAGAUUAAAUAGAUUGUAUUAAAGUAUUUGGUCAAAAUUAUUAAAACCUAUUAGGUCUUAAUUUAUAUCAUUCAGCGAAAAAGUAUAAUUCUAUAAAAAUUAUAGGUUCAUUAUGAAGCACCUUCUUAUGUUGAAUAAAUAAGAAUUUAAUAAAAGAUGUAGUAUAUGUUUAAUGAUACAAUUGACAAAAUUUAAUUAGAAGAAAAGACAAAAACAUAUUAAAGCGAAUUAUGUAGUGGUAAAUAAAAUAGAGAAAAGUUAAGUUAAAGAUAAAAUGAGAUUCCUUUACAUUAGUAAGAAUUUGAUUUUAGAUUUUUAAAAGUGGAAUCAGAAAGUAAUGGUGAGUAAAUAAAUUAAUUAUCUCAUGAUUCUUCAUAAAGGGAAGAAAAAAAAGACUUAAAACUUUAUGGACUAUCAAAAUCAUAACAUAUUGAAUAUAAUAGAUUAAAAGAUGUUUAGAAGGAGAUUUUUACUGCAAAAAAUAAAUAAAAUGAUUAAAUUGAUAAAUAAUUUAAUGAAAUAAAAAUUGUUUCAAAAGAUAAAAAGGGGUGA